AUGCUGCAGAAUAUACAUGACCAGAAAGAAUUUAAGGAAUUUUUGAAGAGUGCGGGACCCCACCUCGUUGUCGCUGACUUCUCCGCUAAAUGGUGUGGGCCUUGCAAAAUGAUUCGCCCUUUUGUUCACGGGUUGGCUGUUCGGUAUGAAAAUGUGCUGUUCUGCAACGUUGAUGUGGACUUGGCAGGGGAUGUGGCUGACCUUUGCCAUAUUGUCUCCAUGCCAACAUUCCAGUUCUUCAUGAGAGGAGAAAAGAUUUUUGAAAUAACUGGUGCUAAUGCAAAAAAACUGGAAGAGAAGAUUAAAGAACUGAUGUAAUCCUUGAAGAAAGCUGCAGUCCCAGGCUCUUGCCAGCAAAUGCUAGUAAAUAUUUUCAUGGGUCAUGGUGUAAUGUAAUAUAUACUCAUUCAGUGUAGCUACUAAAUACUGGCUCUUCAAAUGUAGAUCUAUGCUGCUGUAUGCAGUAGAAUAAUGGCUGUCUCACUCAGGCAUUGUAUGAAGCCGGAAGUGGAAACCUGGUGUUCUCCAGAUGUUUUGAACUACAACUCCCAUAAUUCAUGGCCUUUGGCCAUGCUGGACAGCUCAGUCAAUCUGUUG